AUGGAGUGCAAUGUGGUUGAACUGUUGGGUUGUGUUCCAUCUUCCGGCGGUAACGAGAAUUCAUCAAAUUCACAUGAAAACGCCAUGCAAUUGUCGGAUGUUACUGAGGUUGGAAGUGAAGAGAUGGAUCUUGUUUACGAGUUACCGGAUCAUGGUUGCCUUCAGGAAAACGAAAUACCAAGAGUUGGAAUGCGAUUUGCGCAGUCGCACAUGGCUCAUGAAUUCUAUGUUACCUACGCAAAGAAAGUAGGAUUCGCAACUAAGAUAAGGAUGACAACAUGUGACAAUAUCACAAAGAAACCCGUUAACCAAGCUAUCCACUGUAAUCGGGACGGGUUCCACAGGUCUCGUAUCAAAGCACCAACGCGAAAGAACAUGAUUUCAGCCGCCAGGUGCAAGGCAAGGAUAUAUGUGAAGUUUGAUAAGGAGAAGCAAGAGUGGAUUUUCUUCAAGGUUGAGUUGAGGCACUCGUACCCAUGUUCAGCGAGAAAGACGGUACACUACCAUGAGUAUAGGGAGCUAACCAUGUAUGCGAAGUGCAUGAUCAAGGAUAAUAAUGUGGCUAGAAUUCGACCAAACAAGACAUUCCUAGUUUUGGCAAACGAGGCUGGAGGCCAGUCUAAUCUAGGAUUCUCAGAAAAGUAUUUAAGAAACUAUAUUACAGCAAGUCUCCAAACCAACAACGUGAAUGCGGAUGUUAGGGAGAUGAUGACCUACUUCAUGAGAAUGAAGGACAUCAAUCCGAACUUCUUUUACGCGAUGAAUUUUGAUGAGGAGUGUAAAUUUAGGAGUAUAGUAUGGUUGGAUGCAAAGUUUAGGGCAUCGUAUGAAUAUUAUGGAGACAUCGUGUCAUUUGAUAGCAUGCACAGUACAAACAGGCAUGGAUUACCGUUUGCGUCGUUUGUCGGUGUCAACCACCAUGGUAAGUCAACCCUCCUCGGUUGUGCUCUGCUGGGGAAUGAGGAAAUUCCAAGUUAUGAGUUGGUUUUCAGCCAAUGGGUGAAGUGCAUGGAAACUACUCCACAAGGGAUCAUCACUGAUCAAUGCAGAUCCAUAUUCCGUGCGAUCAGAAAGGCGUUGCCCGAUACACGCCACCGUUGGUGCAUCUAG